CGGCUCCGGCUCUGACCCCCUCUCAGCGUGGUCUCGUUGACCUGGAACGGGCCGGUCUGUUUUCACUGGUGUUGGCCGACGUACGGGCUCUUGUCCCGGGAUGUCGCUUUCUGUAGCCCCUACGCGCUGCGGGCUACGGGCCCUGACGCAGGCGGUGUCGGAGCAGCUGUCCCGGGCCGGGUCGGAGAUCUUGACGAUGCUGAAGAAGCGGAGCGGCGGUUCGCGGGGCUCCGGGUGCCGCCGCCAGCUGCACGUCCUGCGGCUGCUGCUUACUGAACGGCUCGCGGCGGCGGCAGAGCUGAUCGUGGGACUGCUGCAGCGGGAGGUGGAGGAGAACCGGCGGCGCCUGGAGCGGCAGAGCCGGAUGCUGGAGGCUGUGCUGAGCCCGGAGGUCCGACUGACUCGGACAGAUUCCGUCGGCACGUUCACUCUCAGGACAUCCAGCGCAGACAAAAAGCCCCUGCUGUAUUCUGAGGGUAAACCCGCUGACCUCUUCACAGCCCCGCUUAGCUCUGCCCCCUCAGACACCUCAGCAGUGGAGAGCGACGACGACUGGAGGGGAAGCGACAACUCGUACAGCAACACAGAAUCAGCGGACUCAAAGACAGACGCAGGGCGGCGCUCUAAUGCUCGCGGACAGCAGCGGGCAUCAUCUGACCAGAUGGCGGCUCAUCGCUGUGUCAUCUGUGGAAAAAGUUUCCGUCACAGGGGAUAUCUGACGAAACACGUGGAGACACACUCAGACCAGCGUGUGAUCCAGUCCUCAGACUGUCUGGUGGACCAUCUCAGGUCUCACAGGGACGCCACUAGAGGGAGCGGGGCCUGUGGGAUCUGCAGUAAAACGUUUCAAAACAUGGAGACUCACAUGCGGAGUCACACUGGAGAGAAACCUUACAGCUGCUCUGUCUGCAAGAAGAGCUUCCCCCGUGCAGGAGCCCUCAGGAGACAUAGGAAGAUCCACAGCAGGAAGUCGAACAAGGUCUGCCCGGUCUGUGGACUUACCAUCAGCACAGACCAGCUGCUGCAGGACCACCUGAAGACCCACCAGGACAAGGACAGAGAGCAGAGACCGGACGAGGAGGACGGUCAAUCAAAGACAGACAGUAGGCAGGACUCUAGGCUGAAGCGGCCUCAGGGGUCUUGGUCCUGCAGGGUCUGUGGGGACUGGUUCCACAGCCAAGGUUUCCUAAGGAAACAUGCCGAGACGCACUACAGAGAUGCUCAGAGCGUCUGCGGCGUCUGUGGACAGCGGCUGGACUCACCUGAGGCUCUGCAGACUCACCUGCAGUCCCACAGGGAGACUGGGGGGACCUGCUCUGUCUGCAGGAGGACUUUCCAGAACCUGCAGACCCACAUGAGGACCCACACGGGGUUCAAACCGUACCGCUGCUCCGUAUGUGACAAACGCUUCCCCCGAGUGGGGGCGCUGAGGAGGCACAGGAAGAUCCACGGCGGGGAGCAGCUCUGUGGGCGGAGCUUCACAGAGACUCACUCCAAGGAGUUACACAACGAGGAGUACGCAGAGUCAGACCCUCUGAGUCUGAAGUUUCAGACUGAGGACAGUCUGAUUGAAGGAGAAGACACAGAGUCGCCUCAGACGAGUCACUGCUGCAGAGUGUGCAGCGAGACGUUUCAGAGUGACAGCGGCCUGAGGAAACAUGUGAAGACUCACUCAGCAGAGUCUGUGUGUGGAAUCUGUGGACAGACUUUUCCCCCAUCAGAGACCCUCACAGACCACCUUCAAGUCCACAGAGACGCCGCUAAGAUUUGUCAUGUCUGUGGUAAAUCCUUUCAAAACAUUGACACUCACAUGCGGAGCCACACGGGGGUCAAACCAUACGUCUGCGGCGUCUGCGGUAAGUCCUUCCCACGGCCCGGAGCCCUGCGGCGCCACAGAAGGAUCCACAGCGGGGAGCGACCUUACAUCUGCGAGUUCUGUGGGAAGACGUUCAUGGACAACGGAGCUCUGAGCACACACAUCAGGAAACACACCGGCGACAAACCUACCCACCGAGUCUCCUGCCAGACCUGUGGGAAGAGCCUGGCGUCUGUCCAUGUCCUGGAGGUCCACAAGAGGAUCCACACAGGAGAUAAACCGUUCCAGUGUCUGGUCUGCGGGAACACCUUCAGGCAGGUGGGGGGGCUGAAUGCUCACAUGAUGACCCACAGUGGCGAGAAACCAUACAACUGCAGCCUCUGCGGGAAGAGCUUCAGCACCAAAGGGUACCUGCAGAUACACCUGCGCUUCCACAGGAAGGAGUGUGCCUUCAGCUGCAGCCUGUGCUCCAAGGCCUUUGUCACCAAGAACGACCUGAAGAAACACCUGCUGACUCACAGCGGGGAGAAACCCUACGGCUGCUCCAUCUGUGGGAAGAGCUACCAGGAGAAACGCUCCAGAGAAAUCCACAUGAAGGUUCACCUGGACGUCCACACUGACAAGUACCCUAUCACAAGGCACGACGGUCUGCAGCCAGACUUUAUCCAGCUGUAGAGUCCAAAAAAAUGGAGUGAUGAC